AUGGUCCACAUCAUCAAGAGAUAUAGCUACCCGGAUGGUACUGUAACUGCUCAAUCACAUUUGUUGCAGCAAAUGCAAAUGGCUUUUAGUGUACGGCUGCUUCUGCUUCUCUCCUCAUUGUUUCUGGUUCCAGAAUGUCUUUUGGCCCAGACUACUGAUGAUGGCAAACUAGCUGUGGGUGCUUCUCUCUCUGCAACUGCAGGUAACAGCUCCUCAUGGCUUUCUCCUUCUGGUGAUUUCGCCUUUGGUUUUCGACAACUUGAAAACAGUGAUCUUUUCCUGCUUUCUGUUUGGUAUGCCAAGAUUCCAGACAGAACCAUAGUUUGGUAUGCAAAUGGGGAUAGUCCUGCAGUUGUAGCUAAGGGGUCAGUUGUGAAUUUGACUGCUGACAGUGGACUAGUGCUAACUAGUCCUCAGGGUGUUGAGCUUUGGAAAUCUGAGUCGAUUUCUGGAGUUGUUGCCUUUGGGGUCUUGAAUGACACAGGCAACUUUGUUCUUCAAGAUGACAAUUCUGAGAGCUUAUGGGAGACCUUCAACAAUCCAACUCAUACCAUUUUACCUGGACAGGAUAUCGAAAAAGGAGGGAAGCUUUGGUCUCAACAAUCCGAGACUAAUUUUACGAAAGGAAGAUUCCAGCUACGUAUGCGAGAUGAUGGGAAUCUUGUGCUUGUCACCGUUAACCUGCCAACUGAGUUUGCCAACAAUCCUUACUAUGAAAGCGCCACUAAUGGUGACACGAAUAUUUCUACUGCUGGUACAAAGUUGGAGUUCAAUAUCUCAGGCUACUUGUAUGUUUUGAGAGAGAAUGGUGAAAAAUUCAAUAUCAAAGACGCAGUCACAGUCUCGGCUAGAAGCUCCUAUCUUAGAGCAACCCUCAACUUCUAUGGGGUUUUUGAGCUGUACUCUUACCCGAGAAGUUCCCCUGGUAACGUAAGCUGGAGUCGUGUUUGGUCAGUGCCAGAUAACAUUUGUAAAAUGUUGGUUGAUGCAGGUCUUGGUGUAUGUGGCUACAACAGUAUCUGCACUCUACGAAAUCAGAGGCCAACCUGUGAAUGCCCAGACAGAUACUCUUUGCUGGAUCCGAAUGAUCCAUAUGGGAAUUGCAAACCGGAUUUCAUACAAGGCUGUCAGGAAGAUGGGCUGACUGUUACAAAAGAUUUAUAUGAGGUUCAGGUGCUGACAAAUACUGAUUGGCCAACCUCAGACUAUAUGCAGUUAUAUCCUUCUACUGCAGAAAUUUGCAAUGAAUCUUGCUUUGGAGAUUGUUUGUGUGCUGUUGCUAUUUACAGAGCUGAUACCUGCUGGAAAAAGAAGUUACCUCUUUCAAAUGGGAGAGUGGAUACGGGGCUUAAUUCACGGGCCUUCAUCAAAGUCAGGAAAGGUAACUUUACUCUUCCAGUUCCUCCACUGCCAUAUCCAGAAGACAAGAAGAGGAAGAACCAGACCACUUUGAUACGUGUGGGAUCAGCGCUUCUUGGUUCCUCAGUCUUUGCUAACUUAAUGUUGAGUGCUAUAGUGUGUCUGGGAUUUUUCUUCAUUUACAGGAAGAAACAUGUGAGGUCUAACCAAUAUGUUUUGGACUCGAAUCUGCGCUCUUUUAGCUAUGAAGAGCUUAAAGAAGCAACAAAUGGAUUUACAGAAGAAUUAGGAAAGGGUGCUUUUGGAGUUGUUUACAAAGGAAUAUUGCAAAUUGGUUCUGGUGUCCCAGUGGCAGUGAAGAAGCUAAAUUUUGUGGUACAAGAUAGUGAGAAGGAAUUCAAGACAGAACUGAACAUAAUUGGUCAGACACAUCACAAGAAUCUGGUUAGGCUUGUUGGAUAUUGUGACGAGGGACAGGAGCGGUUACUAGUAUAUGAGCUCCUGAGCAAUGGCACAUUAGCAAACUUUCUUUUUUCUGAUACCAAACCAAGUUGGAGGCAAAGGAUUGAUAUUGCUUAUGGAGUUGCAAAAGGACUUCUGUACUUACAUGAAGAGUGCAGCACGCAGAUCAUCCACUGUGACAUUAAGCCUCAGAACAUUCUGCUAGAUGAUUACUGCAAUGCUCGCAUAGCUGACUUUGGAUUGGCAAAGCUUUUAAUGAUGAACCAGAGCCAGACUCAAACAGCCAUAAGAGGAACAAAAGGUUAUGUUGCGCCUGAGUGGUUUCGGAACAUGCCAAUCACUACCAAAGUCGAUGUGUACAGCUUUGGUGUGGUGCUGCUAGAGUGCAUUUGCUGCAGGAGAAGCGUGGACAUGGAAAAUGUGUCCGAAGAGAGUGCCAUUUUAACCGAUUGGGUUUAUGAUUGCUACCUCGAAGGAGCCUUGGAUGCUGUUGUAGAUUAUGAAGUUGAGGCCUUGCAUGAGAAAACAAAGCUGGAAAGACUUGUCAUGGUUGCGCUAUGGUGCAUUCAGGAAAACCCUUCUCUUCGGCCGACUAUGAAGAAGGUUAUUCAGAUGCUUGAAGGAUUAGUGGAGGUACAUGCUCCACCAUGUCCAUCACCAUACAACAGAGCAAGCUGAAACCGACUUUGUUUAGCAUUGUGAUCAUUUCAAGAAGCAACUCUUUUUAGCCCAGCUUUGUACCUUUCAUCUUUGUGCACUGGUAGGUAGUUGUAUUAGUAAUAAGUCUGUAAAAUUUGCCUUUUCUGAUAGAAGAUAAUGAUAUAUUCAAGUAUUUAAAAAG